AUGCGAGGGUGCUACAGGUGCAGCACUGAACGACAUCCAUCACUGAGAGUAAGAUUCCAUUUUCUCCUUCUGCAGACAUCUGAAUUGGUCACCACAGGAGCUGUAGCUGUAGAGAAGAUGGCUGCGGUGGAUUUUUCCAGGGAGCAGGAACGAGUAGUCCAUGCGAAAAAUCUUGUCCGCAACGCGUUUAGCAUGUGGUGCCUCGGUAUGAUCAACAACUUUCACUACACGUUAGUGCUUGCUUGUUCAGACAGCACUGCGGAGAGUUACGGUAUGAAACGGUACGUUGCUAUAAUCAGUUGGGCCAAUGUGUUUUUCGGCAUUCUCUCGCGUAUCGUAAAUGCCUUCUUAUUGCCAUUGCUCUCAUACAACAUUCGUGUGACAGCAACCUCCAUGAUGGUAAUCCUGGCAAUUCUGCUGAUGACCUUUGCGUGGGACAUUGGUGCACACAAAAACGUGGCUGCCUUCAUUGUGACGCUAAUCGGUGUCGUUUUUAUUGGUGUUGCGGGAAGCUACGGGGAGGCUGUUUUUCUCGGCUACAUGGAACGUAUGCCGUCGAAGCAGAUUGGCGCGUGGUCUUCAGGAACGGGUCUGUCUGGUGUUGCCGCUUCGCUGAUCU